AGCUGCGCUCCCAAGCAGAUCUCAAAACCUUGACUUUACCAACCCUUUAUUGAUUUCCUUCACUUCACUGUCCUUUCGAUUGUACCUCUCAGUUCUUCUUUACUCUUUCUCUACGACUCCUCCCACAACUCUCCUCCUUGCUUUCAUCGAUCUAUAUUCCUUCACCGACGAAGGAACCUCGUCCCUAAGGAGCCUCAAAAGACCUCCUCGCUUCUAUUUUGUCUGAUAGACCCAAACGAAGCCUACGUUCUCUGGAGACUUCGCCGCCGACGGCAGUUUCUGUUUGUUUGACCAUGCUUUCGAGGCUUCCGCGCCUUUAUUUAGCCUAGCUGUCGCAGCCAUGGCUAUGCCUCUCGAUGCCUUAUCCAAGUUUGUCUUGGGACCCCCUCGACCAACACCUGCAGAAGGAUUUUCUUCGACGUCCGACCCCAGGUCGACCCUUGAGACGACUCCCACGCAGGCUCAACCUAAAAAUCUCUGCCGAUCUACAGGCCUUGAAGAGUCCCACGUCAUGGCCUCAGCGCAAUCUAUAAGAGACGAAGCGACCGUGAAUGGAAAUCCCAGUCCGCCGAAAAGCUGUGGCGACGAAUACAGUCCUCUGACAGGUACACUCACUACCGCCGCAAAAAGCUUCGAGAGCACUCCUCCGGAAGAGGCUGCGGCAAGCACUAGCGGAGGCACUCUCGCCCUGAUACAACAAGAUCUGGUAGCUGGUCGUUUCAACAUACCCGAUUUCAAUGGUCAGCAUAUUGACCUCGAGUCACCACCAUCUGGCACCUACCGUUUUCCACCUGCCUCAUCGCCCUUCUAUGCAUCACCUCAUCGCCAACGAUUCAGCCGUACCCGUUUGCUUCCGGAUAGCAGCCUUCCUUUCAACAUUCAGAUCAUGGAACAUGUCAAGGACUGGGCUCAGUUUGCAUCAACAAUCCAGGAUGAAUCGAAACGAAGAGAGGUUCUUGAUCAUGUGUUUGAAAUCCUGCAAAAGGUCUGGUUUGAAGCACUCCGAAUUGGCUAUGACCCGGAAACCAUUCCAGGAAAUGGUACACGGUCUCAUACAAGAGGCGUUUCGCAAUCGAAGAGGUUGGCGAACCCCGGACACCCGCCCAUGAUGAGGGCCAGGCCGAGGAAGGGGCUCGACCCCAUGAAAGUGCCAGUCUUCGUGUCCAGGGCCUACAAGGAGUCUGAACUUUGGGCAGUCACAGCAGGAGAACUCAAAGAAGCCGGUGUCUCAGAGGAUCGUGUUCGCCAGCGAGCAGCUGGUGAUUUGGAUGAUGGUGACGCGAUUCUGCAGGAGGUCUUGCACGACUGCGAAGGGGUUAUCUCGAAAGAAGAUUGGCAUGCAGUGAUGGACCGCACGGAUUCAAACCCAACAGGCCGAAGUCUCUUUCUUUACGCUCUUUUCGAGGUUCAAUGGUCCCGCCACAAUCUUGAGAAGUUGCAGAAACUUUAUGAGAAAUUCGCUACACGCCAACAGAAAGACAACACCCAGAAACGCAUUGACGCCGAGAAGGAGCGUCAUGAUCUGUUCAUGGCGCUCGCGUUGGAAGUCAACGAACGAACUGGUCUGUCGAGAUCACCUUCGCCAAUACCUGAUCAAGACACGCCCAGCGAAUUGAUUGAGGUCUGCCAGAUUAGCGACCCAGAUGCCACAGACUCCAUGGGCUUUGGCCCCGAGGAUGUUGAGAUAGACCGGACUGAUUUUGCCACAGUUCUCGGGGUUGAAUCCAAUGGGAACGAAGCAAUGGUGAAUCUGCACACUGCAGCGGCCCCUGCUCCAGAGGCAGCAAAUUCGAAAGGUCUCAAACGGUCUUCGAGCCCGGAAGUUGCUGAGGAGGAUAGGCAACUACCUCCAAGCAAGAAGCUGAGAAGUCUACCAUCAUAUCCAGAUGCAACCCGAGCUGUGCCAUCGGCUGACAAGGAUCCUGUUCCUAUCAGACAGCCUGUCGUCCCACCGAUCGGAGGUGUAGCUCAAGAAGAUCAAGACUCCAACCGAUCGAAGAGUAAGUGCAUAGUGGCUCUUCACGUUCCGGGGGGGUUCAAUCCAGCCGACUUCUCCAGCGAGAAAGUCUUUUUCUACAAGGGUUUCGGUUAUCGAUAUGCGCGCCAAUCAACACUUGCACAACGCCGGUCUAUGGAUGAAGCUCUGCACAAGUACGUGCAUUCCUGGAUCAAACCACAAAAAGGACUUGACGCUACCUGGCGUUUUGGAAAAUACGAAGCACUGUGUGAUCCGAACGAUGGUGAGCGGACCACAGUUAUACACGGCUUCUGGGAUGAAAAGGAUGGGUCCAAGGUGAAGGGCGCAGACUGGUUCUAUGAUGGUGAUGGGAUGGCAACCAAGCGUGGACGCGGAAACUGAACAGCCUAUGCGAAGUUUUCUCGACGACGACGAGGAUGAUCAGGAUGACGAUGAAGAAGAAGAAUCCGCACCAGCUAUUCCAAAAAUCACUCUGGUGAAUAAGCAUCUCAAAAAUGCCAUCCAGGAGAAAAGAGGUAGUGGCAAAAGAAAAACCAGAAGCAGCGGCAAAAACAGCAAAGAGAAGUCCAAGAAGCGUGCGCGAGUUGAAUCACUCCCGACACCCUCACCAUUAUCUCAGUCGGUCUCGAGCACCACAUCCUCUUCUCGAAGUACUUCGAAGCCGAAACAGCGUGCUAAGAGAUCAUCUCGCAACUCAGGCGACACGAGUGACGAAGAUUGGUAUCCUGAUUGAUUCUAUAUCGAAAAAUUAUGAGCUGCUCUUGGGUGUGC